AUGAAUACUUAAGAUCAGAAAAUAGUUUAACUUGACUUGAGUAAGAUUGAUUUUACAUAGCAUUCUAAGUUCAACUAAGAAAGUGAAAUUAAUGGUGAUGGAAAAUAAAAUAUGGAUAAGAAUUUAGAAAAUAAGACUGUGAACUUAUAUGAUUUAGUUAAGAUUAAAGUCACAUUGAAUGACAACUAUUAUAUUUUCUCUAGAUAUUUGAUAAGUAGAAUGCUUACACUGAUUUAUAUUGAUAAAUAAACAGCUGCAAGUAUAGCAAAAUCUAUUAAAAAAAAAUUAGUUGAAAAAGAAGUCAAAGAAAUUAACUAAAACCAAUUAGAGGAAAUUUUAUUUGAAACAAUCUAUUAACAAAUUCCCACAAAUCCUGCUGGAGUUAUUGGGACAUAUAAAAUAGUUUCUGAGUUUUAUAGAAUGAGAACUCCUAUUGUGAUUUUAAUAUUCGGAGCUCCCAAAAUAGGAAAGUCAAAUAUAGCUAAUUAGCUAGCUGAUAAAAUGAAUAUAUCAAAUGUUUUAUAGACAGACAUUAUUUCUUGUGUGAUGGAGAUGAUGCAUGUCGGAGAUUCAAAAUAAAAUCAUUGGAAUGAUAUUAGCAUAGAUUUAGAUGAAACAAUCAAAAGAUAUGAAUAAAGAUGCUAUUAAGUUAGAAAAGGAGCUAACACUGAUAUUUAAAAGUGCUUAUCAUAAGGCAAACCUGUCAUUAUUGAAGGCACGGAAUUAAAUCCUUCGUUUUUUUUGAAGAUAAAAAAUGAAGACGAAUAGAUUAUUAAAUCAGACUAAAUCAAAUAAAAGUUAUCUCAAUAUAUUGAAGGUAGCAUUCACGAAAGAGAUAUUUUGGAUGACUAUUCAAUCGAAUAAGAUUCAUAAAAUAUUUAAUUAUUUUAGCCUGAACCAUAAGAAUGGGAAAGUGCAGCAGAAAAAGACCGUAUCAGACAAGCCAUAGAUUACUUUGCAAAGUUUAAUUAAGGUUAACUAGUCAUUGUAGCCUUCCAUCUUGUGAUUAGUAAAAAGUAGCAUAGAUUUAAUAUCAAUAAUUAAUAGGUUAUCCAAAAAAUAAGUGAUAGUAAGGAAAGAGAAAUAUAAACCGACAUACUUUUAAAUAAAUUUUAGGCAAUUCAAAAUCACCUAUUGAAAUAAUGCUCCCUAUCCUGUACUAUUCCUAUUGACAUUAAUUGCUAGUAACACACUCUAGAUACUGUCCAAAAAAUAUUGUUAAAAAAUAUAGAAAAUUGGUAUUACAGAUAAAACAAGAGUCAAGAUAAAAAAGAAAAGCAAUGA